ACCAGUUACAUGCAUGUGAUUCUCACAAAAUGAUUGUGAGACAACUGUUUUUGCUUGGUUUUAUAGCUGUUGCUAAUCAUGCUGCAUUCUGUUUAAGGUCAUCCAGACUGAAGAUAGAAUGAUUUGUCUUGGAUAUUUCAUACCCUUUGUAUUUCCCAACAGCAUUCCUUGUCCUGUUGCCUCACAUGCUGGUCAUGAGUCCCAGCGUCGUCCCACUGGGGUCCAGCUGUUUCUUUGGACUGGCCGUUUUUUCCAGGAACUGACAUUGUCACAGUCCAUUACUGCAGAAAGAUUCAUUAAAAAGGGCUUUUUCAUUGAUUCAGAACAUUUUAGAUGAAUCAACGUCAGACAUCAGUGCUUCAAGGGCAGAGGAAGAAACUCACUCCAAAAUUGAAAGAUGAGGUUGUGAGAAAUUGGCAGCAUUUUUAUGAGGAAUGAGGGAGGUUUGGGUUAUUGUGUAGAUAAAACAAAGACACCAACGAGAGCUGAAGGAGAACGAGAAUAGGCUGUUGAGAAAGACUCUUCUGAAAUAGCAGCGCAAGAACACUGGACUGCUUGGAAGAAAUAAAUCUCAGUAAUCAUGCAGAGCACAAUGGAAGAUUUUGAUUCGGAGGAUUGUGGUGUUCAAGAUGUGGGACCUCAAAUUUGCGGGCUGGUGGUCCAGAUCCUGGAGACGAUGGCAGCGCUGCUGGUGCGGGUCAGACAGAAGCUUCUGGAAAUGGCGAUUCUGAUCUGUGUGAUUCUGCUGGUGUUCUGGGUGUCUUUAUUCCUCUAUGGCAGUUUCUAUUAUUCCUUCAUGCCCACAGCCAAUUUUAUUACACCUGUCCACUUCUUCUACAGGACUGAUUGUCCAUCUCCUCAUCACUCUAUGUGUUCUUUCCUUGUGGCUAAUGUCUCUCUACUGAAAAAUGGAAAACAUCAGGUAAUGACAUACGGUCAGCCCUAUCAGAUCUCACUAGAGCUGGAAAUGCCCGAGUCUCCAGCCAAUCAGGAGCUGGGAAUGUUCCUAGUAAAAAUGACUCCCUAUUCUAAAGCUGGUCAGACUGUUGACGCAUCGUCACGUUCUGCUCUGGGCACAGUGGUCUUCUCCCCCAUGCUGUUAACAGGAGCGUCGGAGCAGAAGCAGUCAGUCAUAGUGGAGUUGUACUCUGAAUUCAAAGAUGAUUCUUACAAACCCAGUAUUGGAGCCAUCAUUGAGAUCCAUUCCCAGCAUAUUCAGAUCUAUAGAGCUCAUCUCUACAUCUUUGCUCACUUUACUGGCAUCAGGUACCUGCUGUAUCACUUCCCCCUGAUAUCAGCACUGACCGGGGUGUUGAGUAACUUUACUUUCCUCAGUUUGAUCAUCGUUCUCAGCUUCCUGCAGUUUAAUCUAAGCCGUCGCACGACUCUUGGAAAGGCUGUCAUGCAACAAGAGGAGAAUAAUGAACCAGAUGACCUGAGUGAUCAGUCUGAACCCCAGGAUGAAGACAAGGCAACAGCACACUUUUUGGAUCCCCCCACUAUUACAGAAAAUAUCGACACCAUGGAGUGCAAUUCAGCAGAGAUGGAAGAAUCCAUUCCUGACAUGGGGGUGGACGAGAGUGACAGUGACUUUAGAGAACUUGCUGAAGAUGAACCCAUCUGUGAGCCUAGAGAUGGAGAAAUGAUUUUGAGGCACAGGCAUUUAUCACAGGGCAUGCUACAGUCAACAGAUGACAUAGACAAAACGUACUACCGUGUUGGUAUCUGUUCAAGCUGCUAGAGAGGGAAUAGAGCCGUCCUCUAAAUUAGGGUAAAGUUUAUGAAAAGCAAAGGCCACUUGCUGGACUUCAUAGAUUUGGUAACAAUGUCCUUGUUUUAAUAAUAUGAACUUCAUGCUAGCCAUUAUUACUUGUGUCAUUAUUGUAAAAAUAAUCAACCACAAAUAUAGAGUAUGAUUUUGUCUCCCAAGUAUUGACAUUUAUGAUGUUACAGCCUUAUGUUAAACUGCUUUAAAUGACUUCUUUUCCACAUCAGUCUACGCUCCAUACAACAUAAUGGCAAAGCACAAAACAGGUUUGUAACAACUUUGCAAAUUUAUUAGAAAUUAAACUGAAAUUAUUCCAUUGCAUAAGUAUUCAUACCCUUUUCAGGGACACUUGAAAUUUCGCUCAGGAGUACUCAUAUCGCUUGUAGAUAUUACUACACUUCAAGAGCAGUUCAAAUGUGGCAAAUUCAUUUGAAUGAGUAUGAUCUGGAAAGGCGCAUACUUCUCAGAAAAGGUCUAACAGCUGAAAAUGCAUAUCAGAGCAUAAACCAUGUCCUGAGGUCAAAAUAACUGUCUGUAGAGCUCAGAAACAGGCUUGCGUCCCCAGGCACAGAUCCGUAGAGAGAUGUUCAGCAAAAAUUCUACUGCAUUGAAGGUUCACAGAAGCAUGUAGCCUCCAUUAUCCAUAAUGGAAAUAAGUUUGGAACAAGUAGAACUCUUCCUAGAGCUGGCCUCCUGGCCAAAAUGAGCAAUUGAUGGAGAAGGGGCUUGGUUAGAGUGGUGACCAAAAAGCUGAUGGUCACUCUAGUUGAGCUCCAUAAUCAUAUAUGCAGAUGGAAGAAACUUACCGAAGGACAAACAUCACUGCAACACUCCACCAAUCCGGUCUUUAUGGAGGUGUGGGCAAACUCAAUCCACUCUUCAGUGAAGACACAUGAAAACCCACUUGAAAUUUGCAAUAAAGCACCUAAACAACCAAGCAUCAUGUCAAGGAAACCAAGCACUGCUCAUCACCUGCAGAGUACCAUCUCAACAGUAAAGUGUGGUGGUAGCAGCCUCAUGCUGUGGGGCUGUUUUUCAGCGACAAGGACUGAGGGAGUCGUCAGAGUAGAAGGAAAGCACAAUGCACCAAAAUAUUGUGAUAGCCUUCAUGAAAACCCAGUCAAGAGCAUUCAGAACCUCAGACUGGGCAGAAUGUUCACCCACAGCCUUGGCUUGAACGCCCCCAUUCAAACUGGCAGAGCUUGAGAGGUGAAGAAUGGCAGAUAAUUGCCAAAUGCAUAUGUACAAAACUUGUCGCAUCAUACCCAAAAAAGACUUGAGGCUGUAAAAGUGCUUCAACUAAGUACUGACUUAAGGGUAUGAAUACUUAUGCAAUAUACCCAUUGCAGUGUUUUAUUUUUAAUAAAUUUGCAAAGUUGUCACAAAUCUGUUUUUGUUUUGUCAUUAUGGUGUAUGUAAACUAAUGUGGGGAAAAAGUAAACACAUAACAAAACAUUAAAAAAAUGAAUACUUUCACAAGGCACUGUAUAUCCAAAACUGACUUUUCUAGUCACAGUCUUUGUUGUUAUUAUUAUAUUCCACAACACUGAAAACCAUGAGACUGUGCCAAUAAGUAGCCAAAGGGGGAGAAUGUCAUUUGUUUGUGGUUUAUGUCUGGAAAAUAACAUUAUUCAUUUGCAUUCAUUUACAUGUAUUCCACUUUUCAAAACGCAGAGACUACUAUAGAAAUACCCACUUACUGUUGUAAGUAGGAACUAAUUACUGAAGGUUAUUUGUGGACAUUUAUAAUUAUGACUUUAACAUGGAAAAAUAAAUAGAAUAAAUAAAAUUCGAAAAUACUUACACGUCA